AUGUACUACAAUGAGUUCCCCCGCGACGAUGAGCCCGUCUUCCGCCGUGCCUUCCUGAUAUUUGCCACAACCCUUGAGGUUUUCUUCACAACCAUUGGCCCAAUUAUGCUAGCUGUUUUGGCUGCCUUUGCGAUCAUCGUCCUCAUUGUGCUCUUCAUUGUGAACCUUUUCACUGCUCUGAGACCCAAAAAAAUACCAUCAAAGCCUACACAAUCCUCAUCGAUAUCAAAGCCCUCAUCAAGCGAUGUGGAUGAGAAGAAACGCGUGGAGAUUGAGAUUGAAUUUCUCAGUGAAUUGAUGAAGUCUCGACAGGAGAGAUUGAAGCAGUUGUCCAAGAGCGAAUAA